GCUCUUGGGGGUGGUUAGGGGAGGCACAGCAGACUGGAGCAGUCUGAUUUACACAAAUGUGCUGGAAGUCAUCAUAAAGUACCCAGCAAGACUUCACUUUCUCCUUCAUCAUCAUGAAAUAAGUAAACCCUGCAGCAGUCAUUUUUCUAUUCUUUAUAGUGAUGGUGCUUUUGUGAGCUGUGUACUCAGGCGCCAUGGCAAAAAUCAGGGUUGCUUGUGAGUACUCAGAAGCUGAAGACAAAAGCAUCCGGCUGGGGUUGUUCCUCAUCAUCUCUGGGAUAGUGUUUUUCUUUAUUCUUGUUUUCUGCUGGCUGAAUCCAGCGCUGCAGGAUCUGCAGGGAAAGACAGCCAACUGCACGGUGCUGUCCGUGCAACAGAUCGGGGAGAUGUUUGAGUGCACUUUUACAUGCGGGAGUGACUGCAAGGGCACCUCUUUGUACCCCUGCCUGCAGAUCUAUGUCAAUAACUCUGAGUCCCACUCCAGGGCACUGCUGCACCAGGAUGAGCAACAGCUCAUUAGCAACCCCAAGUGCUCCUAUAUUCCACCAUGCGAGAGAGAGAACCAAAAGAAUUCUGAAAAUGUUUUGCAUGAACAGGAAUACUGGAAUAAAGAGAUUGGAUUCCAAGCAUUCAUCUGCUACUUUAAUCAACAUCGAAGGCCAGAGGAUGUUCUUCUGAAACGCACUCACGAUGAAAACGUUCUUCUCCACUGCUUUCUCUGGCCGCUGGUUACCAUUAUGGUGGGCGUAAUGAUUGUCGUUCUAACCAUCUGUGCAAAAACUCUGGCAAUAAAAGCAGAAGCUAUUCAGAAAAGGAAAUUUUCAUAGAAGACUAAAAAGUUUGGUGAAAAUUCAUUAAAAAAAAAAACAAAAUGCUAAAUUCCCAGAAUCCUCUUGCUGCCUCUUCAUUAACAUUUUACUGGACUUGAUUAUUUGAGAAUAGAGGUUGAAUAGAGGAUUUUUUUUUUCUCAGACUCCUACCGGACUGCUGUUUUCCUCGGGGAAACAUGCCCAGAAAAUUUCAAUACUGAAGCAAACAUUCUGGCCAAAAAUAAAGUCAAACAGUGCUAAAGGAAAUUUCAUUUCACCGUUGAGAUAAUUUUUUAUUUAGUAUAUAAAACGUCAAUCAAAAUAUUUCAGUUUAUUUUGUAUCAUGAACUUAUAAAUUAUUAAAGUGUGCUUUUUUAUGUCCAAA